UGGACCCGGAAGCUCCGCGGAGUGAUAAAUCGUUCCGUGAUCGGUUUGUUGCCUCUUGCAAUUUGCCUGUUCUUGAAACUUCACCAUUUUUCUUAACUAAGGAAAUAACUUGGACCAAGUGGCUCCAGUGUGAACACUGCUCCACAGUCGACUGGAUUUUCAGAUUUGCAUAACAGCUCAGCAGGUUUCCUGGAAGAUCCCAAAGUGAUGGCUGCCAUCCAGCUGACAGAGGAAACCAUCGUAGUGGGUGGGCAGACUCUGUUCUCCCGCCAGGCUAAACCUACCCAGCAGACGCCUCGCCUUUCCAUCCUGCUCCUACAUGGCAUUCGUUUUUCAUCAGAGACGUGGCUCAACCUGCAGACUUUGACUAAUUUGGCAGAAGCUGGAUAUCAUGCUGUAGCUAUUGAUCUGCCAGGAUUAGGCCAUUCCAAAGAUGCUGUUGCUCCAGCUCCUAUUGGAGAGCCGGCACCAGGCAGUUUCCUGAAGUCCGUCUUGGAGGCCCUGCAAUUUGACCAAGUGGUGGUGAUCAGUCCAUCUCUCAGUGGCAUGUAUUCACUUCCAUUCCUUUUUCAGCACAAUCACCUUCUCAAGGCCUACAUCCCAGUGGCUCCCAUCUGCACAGAGAAAUUCUCACCCACCCAAUAUGCCAGUGUCAAGACACCAACUCUCAUUGUAUAUGGGGACCAAGAUGUCCAGCUGGGUGAAGCGAGCCUGAACAACUUGAAGAACUUACCUAAUCACAAGAUAAUGAUGAUGAAAGGGGCAGGCCAUGCCUGUUACCUUGAUAAGCCAGAUGAGUGGCACCAGGGGCUGCUGGAUUUCCUGAAGAACCUAGAGUAAAGAGCAAAUCAGCCAGCAUUGGCCUAACCGACCCAUAAUCAAUGAGGACCUCACCAGUUUUCCUAGGUACACUUGCAAGGUACUGGAAUCUCUUCCUGCAGUUCUGUCAGCAACCUGAGUAGGACCCAGGUUGUUUGUGGACUGUCUAACCACAAUAGACCUAAAAGUAUUAGGAAAAGGACAAUGUUGCAUCCAGAACAUAUUCACUGAUUCAUGAUUCACUAAUGGCAUCAUUAAAAUGACCAGCUGUGAUUUUUCCUGUUUGGGGCAUGAGAUAUUUGAAGUCAAAUUUACAUAAAAUAAUCAUUCAUAGAAAUGUAUUAGGAUCUGUUGCAUGGAUAUAUUGGGAGUUGGUCCUUAGUAUCAUGAGUUCUUCAGCUUUCCUGUCACUGACUCAUGAAUGAUUUUUUUCUGAAAGCUGAUUGAGUGCUGGCUGAGAUAGAUGUAAUAAAGGUAAAGCAAUGACUGGGUUUAAAUAUCACAUGAACAUAUUGUGGUUUGAUUGUUUUGACUUAGCACACAAUAGAAUCUGUUCGUUAUAGUAUAUCAUCAUGUAUGACACUGCAAUGGCUACAAACCUUGAUUAAAAUCCUGGCUUAUUAGGAGCAAACAAAGUUACUAUGGCUGAUUCACUGUAUGAAAACCUGGCUUAAUGUAAUGUAAACUCUGUAUCAAAAUAGAUUUUCCUAACCCACAGGUUCUUCUAUAAGCUAACCUGCACUGACCUCUGUUAUGUCUUUGUCCUUAUUAUCUUUGUUAGUAGGAUGCUUUUGUUUUGAUGACUAAACAUAGUCUUGAUGGCCUGCAUGUAUGUUGGGUUUUAACUUCCAUAAUUCUCAGUAGGCAUGGAAACCACGCAUGGAAACUGUGCUAGUUAGAAUGUAUGUGAGUUGGUGUCCAUUAUAUCGGGAUAUCAAGUAGCAGGUUUGAGGAAAGCUGUACUACAAUUUAUUCUGUUGCAUUAGGAUUGGCUUCUUCUGGGAUGGAAGAACUGCAUAUUCUGCUACAAGGAGCUCACAAUGGCACUAGGGAUUUUGUGAAGAGCAAUUGUAUUGGGGCAGAACGUAGGCUGGCAUCAUCCUCUAACUUUAGAGAAUGUUGUAUUGGGGGAUAAUUUCUUAGCUUUCUCCCGCUGUUUUUGAAAAAAAUUUUUGGCAAGGUAUAUAUGUUACAUGACACCUCCCCUCUUGGAAGCCUGGCUUCUUCAAGAAUUUACAAGUAUUCAUAGUGAUAAACUCUUGUCUUCCACAGUUAGUGUGGUAACUGUCUUGGGUAGAUAUUUUUAAAGGUUUAAAAAAGGUCAGAGGGGCCAUUGAAUCAGAGCUGUGUUUGACCAUAGCUGCAGAACUAACAUGAUUCCCUGGAUAGUACCUAUAUAGUCAGUUUAAGGAGAAAUGACAUUGAUCACACUUUAUGAACAAGAGAGAGCGAGCAUCCUUUUGCAUUUCCAUACUUGUUCCUUUGCUCUAGAAACACAAUGAAAGGGAAUGCAGAUUUCUGAGAAUAAGGUUGGAGCAGGAAAAUUAAUAACAUUAGUUGUGCAGGUGCCUGGAUUUCUGGUGAGUUCCUGCUGUACCGGUUUGAUUAUCGAAAUGUAUUCAUUUGUAAUCAAAUAAACCUGAUUUAUAUUUCUGUU